AUGUCGAUGAAGUCUUAUGUCCGACCGGUGCUCCUUCGGAAACUCUCCUGGCGCCCUGCCCCGUUUGCAUCGAUGGCGGGCACUGUGCGACUUCUGGUGCUGAAUGGCAAAGGUUUAGACACGAGAGGCUCUACGGAAGAGUCGCGGACAUACUUCCGAUCGUCCGCGCAGCUUUCCGAUUACGAUGCGCACAUUCGCGCCACCGCUGCAGAGCUUGGAGUGGCAGUGGAACAUUUGCAGACGAACGACCUGAACGAGUGCAUCAGGCUAUUGUCCGGCACCGAUGCUCACGCCAUUGUCAUCAAUCCCGCGGGCAUCUUGGCAUGCAGGACAUCCAAUAGAUUGGACCUGCUUGGUGCGGGAGGUUGGUUUGUGUGUGCUAUACUAUAUUACAUACUGUACAUUAUACUGUAUGGAUGCGCAUCCAUGUAUUUCUAUCAUGGAUAA